GGAUCAUACACUUUAGGAAUGUCCAAGGGUGGUACCUGUGUGGAAGUAUUUUGUUGUUUCGUUUCUUAUAGGUUGAAAGGAAUAUGCUUCCGUUAAAAAGGUGAUUUGUUGUUUGAUCGAACUUCUAUUGUCUGUGAAGUUUGAUUUUAAAAUAAGAAACCAAUUGUUGGAAAUGAUGGUCGCCUUCUUCUGCCACUACUUGGGAAAAGAAUUUGCUGGCAAUAGUGCAAUGAUCUCCUUGUAUAAGUGAAGCCCAUCUCUUGUAGCAGCCUUCGUCUCUCCCAAAAUACGUCGUCACUCUGCCAACUGCAUCCGAGCUAACCAGGGUCUAUGGAUUUGCUCAGCUCUUGUAUCAUUGAAAGAGAAGGGCAUCACACUCAGACUGAAACUCUUACAUACUUCGUCAGGACUGUCCAUGGGAGAAAGCUCAAGGUUGCUGUGGUUACACAAACACGCAUGGGUGAGGAGACCUGCGAGUCCAGUGACGAUUGGAAACGAUUCUUGCAAAUUUCGGGCUACUGGAGGCUCCUGCCAAAAUACUUCAGAAGCAAGGAUGAACUUGAGCAUAAGCUUACCCAUUUUGUGCGUAGAGGGUCCUUGAUGCCUCCAAUUGCAGCCUGUCCGAAAAGUCGUAGCAUUCAUUUUCCGGACGUGCUUCAAUUCAACGUUGUUUGGUUUCAGCUUAACAUCCCCGCUAUUGACUUGGCUAAAAUCCCUCCCUGCAUGCACAGGAAUCUGUUCGAACAUUUGCGACCCUAUGCUCGCCUUGUGUAUGGAACAACCUCAUGGGAUGUCCAAUUCAAUGAUUGCGCUUUGACUGACGGCUUUGCUGAACUAUUUAUCAAAAAUAAUAUUGACUUUGGCGCAUAUGCUCUCCUAAGGCAUGUGGGAAACUUCACUUUUGAAGUAUUCAUGUUUGACAAACUAGGAUUUUCUCUUAACUUGGCUGGCAAAUCCAUUGGCGUUUCAAAUCCGUUGCAUACCCCAGGUACAUUGAUACAUAGUCUCCACUUUGCUGCCACACACCUCAUUCAC